GUCUUCCCCCUUCUCCACCUUAAGGCGAGCAGCAGCGGCAGCGACCAAUCACCAUGCCAUUACAGCCUUCAGAGGAAGCUGUUUAUGGGGCUGCAGCGCUAAUUAGGCUCAUGAACUAACAAAUCUGCCUGCACGAAGCCGGCGAGGAAAACGAUCACAUCCAUGGAUUAGUCUGGGAGUAGCCGAGCACUUUUUAUUUUUUGGCUUCUUCGACACUGCCCGCCGCCCUUUCCCAACUUGUUUACUGCGCAGAAACUUUCCCCUUUUUUUCCUUGGGUGUGGAGUAUUUUUCAAGCAAGAGCGCCUACGACAACUUUAACCUAAACUGGGGAAUCUGGACUAUCAGACCAUGUUUCAACCUACACCCAAGAGGUGUUUUACUAUAGAGUCUUUAGUGGCGAAGGAUAAUCCGAUACCGGCGUCCCGCUCCGAGGAGCCCAUCAGGCCAGCGGCUCUCAGCUAUGCAAACUCCGGCCAGAUGAACCCAUUUCUGAACGGCUUUCACUCCGGCGGCAGGGGCGUCUACUCUAACCCGGACUUGGUUUUUGCCGAGGCGGUCUCUCAUCCGCCAAACUCUACCGUUCCAGUACAUCCGGUGGCCCCGCCGCACGCUCUGGCCGCUCACCCGCUUUCAUCCUCACACAGUCCGCACCCGCUUUUUGCCAGCCAGCAAAGAGACCCCUCAACUUUCUACCCCUGGUUAUUACACAGAUAUAGGUACUUGGGUCACAGGUUUCAAGGUAAUGAAACGAGUCCAGAGAGCUUCCUUUUGCACAACGCGCUGGCCAGAAAGCCCAAAAGAAUCCGGACAGCGUUUUCACCUUCGCAACUCCUGCGGCUCGAACACGCGUUCGAGAAAAACCAUUAUGUGGUGGGAGCAGAAAGAAAGCAGCUCGCCCACAGCCUUAGCCUCACAGAAACUCAGGUAAAAGUGUGGUUUCAGAACCGACGGACGAAGUUCAAGAGACAGAAGUUGGAAGAGGAGGGCUCGGAGUCUCAGCAGAAGAAGAAAGGAUCGCAUCACAUAAACCGGUGGAGACUGGCGACUAAACAGGCGAGCCCGGAGGAAAUUGAUGUCACUUCGGACGAUUAAAAUAAAGACUAUGCGCCUGAAUGAAGGAGGACAUGGAUACAGGAUGCCGUGUAGAGACAAGUGAGAGGGUACAAAGCCAAUGUCACAUUUCAGAUCUCCGGAGACCGGCAGCUGAGGGUGAGACAAGCCCGACUGACACUGCUGUCACCACGCGGGUCUGUCAGUCCGAGUGACCCAGGGAAAUGUGACCGACAGUGUCUCAGUCCACCUACCUGAACCCUUUCUCGCACCAACCACCACUACUACCCCCCUUCCCCCACCCUCCCCCACCUACAACCAACACCUAAUUAUAUUUUUCUCCAACUCACAUUGGACGUUUGCACUUCAGAAGGCUUUUAUUAUUAUUUUUUCCUCCUCUUAUUUUUUUAAACAAAAAAAAAAUCGUUUCCACGUAAGAUAUACCAAAACACCAAACUGCUUUUUUUUUUUUUGUAAAACUUGAAAUGCAUGGUCUAGUUUUUUUUUUUCUUCUUUUUUUCCUGGUAGCUGUUUUUAAUUUGACGAGUUUUCGCAAACCAAGGAAAAACAGAAACAAUAACAACAAAAAAGAGGAAUAAUCAGUUUUGUUUCUAACUCUAUUUUCAAACAGAGAGAUGUCGUGCUUCUUCCUUUUUACAAUGUGUGCAGUCUUUAAUUAAUGAUUCUCGUGUAAAAGUGAUUGUGAAAACAUAUGAAGUAGCGGUGCUGCGUUAUGGUGUUUAUUUUUAAUUUUUUUUAAGGAAAGAAAAGUGGAAUUUCGGUGAAAAAAUGACAUCUUUCUAUAAAAAAAAUAAAAAAUAAGUGAAUCAGACCACAGACAAAGUACUUAAAGGGAAGGUAUCAGGACAUUCCUUUAACCUAAAGCUUUACCAAUGUGUCGCUGUGGCCCCCACACAGGCUUCUGUCAGGACUUGACCCUCCAGUGAAAGUUGCAACGAAGGACUAAAAAGCAAGAAUUGACAAAGACAGGAGAGAGAGCAAAAAUAAAAAAGCACUGAGCGUUAUUCCAUGUACAGAAAUGCUAAAAAAAAAGUUAAUGUUUCUGUUAAACCCGCUUUUACAGAAUGUAAAUACUUUUUGUGUUUGUGUUAAGUUUGCUACAAUUUUAACACAAAGUAUACUUCCAAGAAGUAUGUAAUUGUCAAUAUUUUGUCAAUAAAGUUUUAUCAAUAUGUCGCGCGCAGUAAAA